GCCCCCCACCUCGCCUGCCUCGCCGCGCGGGGACUCCGGAGGCCCCCGAUGUCGUUCCACUACCCCGACCACGGCCUCGCCAUGGACGCCGCGGCGGCCGCGGCCUCCUCGCCCAACCCUAGCUUCUCCCCCGGCGGCGGGGGCGGCGGGGAGAGGGAGAAGGCGGCCGUCGCCGCCCACCCGCUGUACGAGCGCCUCCUGGAGGCCCACGUCGCCUGCCUCCGCGUCGCCACCCCCGUCGACCAGCUCCCCCGCAUCGACGCGCAGAUCGCCGCCCGCCCGCCCCCGCUCGCCGCCGCCGCCGCCGCCGCCGGCGGGCCAUCCGGUGGCGAGGAGCUCGACCUCUUCAUGACACAUUAUGUAUUGCUUCUUUGUUCAUUCAAAGAACAACUCCAGCAGCACGUACGUGUUCAUGCGAUGGAAGCAGUGAUGGGUUGCUGGGAGCUCGAACAAUCUUUACAAAGUCUAACAGGGGCAUCUCCUGGUGAAGGCACAGGGGCGACUAUGUCUGAUGAUGAAGAUAACCAAGUGGAUAGUGAGGCCAACAUGUUUGAUGGAAAUGAUGGGUCAGAUGGUAUGGGCUUCGGUCCUCUGAUAUUGACUGAGGGUGAACGGUCUUUGAUUGAACGUGUACGACAUGAGUUGAAGAGUGAGCUUAAACAGGGCUACAAAGAAAAGCUAGUUGAUAUCAGGGAAGAGAUUAUGCGCAAGCGGAGAGCUGGUAAACUUCCUGGGGAUACGGCAGCUACACUGAAAGCUUGGUGGCAAGCUCAUUCUAAGUGGCCAUACCCUACUGAAGACGACAAGGCUCGCCUGGUGCAGGAGACAGGCUUACAACUGAAGCAGAUCAAUAAUUGGUUCAUUAACCAACGCAAACGGAACUGGCACAGCAGCAACGCAGCAUCCUCUAGUGAGAAGACCAAGAAGAAAAGAAACGUUACAGGUAAUGAUGGCACGGAGCAAUCGUGGUAGACAGUGGUACCAGAUGAAACUAGAUGUAAACAAUAUACCUUUGUCAUGAAGAGUGCAGUAUAUGCUCUCUCUCUCUCUCUCUCUCUCUCUCUCUCUCUCUCUCUCUCUGGAGCAACUAGAUAUGAAGACAACCCCUUCACAAGCACGUCCAAGGAUGCAGUCAUUGGCUAAGAAGUCAUCAGUAGUUGACUUAAAGUGGUAGUGACCUGGAAUUCCAGUGUGAGUGUUGCUAAUGUGAUUUGUGUAAGUGUGUUGUAUAACUGGGGAACGGAAGGGAAGCAUCGUGGUGUAUGUAAUUGUGUAUUCUAUUUAUCAUGUAACAAUAUCUUAGGUAGAGUCUGAAGACACAGAUUGGGGGUCUUCUGUGGGUGACUGGGUGUGAUGUAAGGUAUGGUGUUGCUGGCCUGAAACCACGUGGGAAACUAUUCUGUUUAAAAUGUACCGGAAAGCUGAAUUAUGGAGUAUUUGUAAGCGCAUA